AUGGAGUUAAUUGAUACUGAUAUCAGACCAUGGAAUGCAGAAGAUGUGCGAGAACAGUUUGGUGAUAGUUUGAGCCUUCUUCCAUCGAAUGAUAAUAUCAAGGAGCUGCAAACUAUUUUACGGGAUAAGAAUACAACCCGCAGUGAUUUUAAAUUCUAUGCUGACCGUCUUAUUCGUCUAGUCAUUGAAGAAAGCUUAAAUAACCUUCCAUUUACGGACUGUGAGGUGGUCACACCCACUGGGGCACUUUAUAAAGGACUAAAAUAUGGUGCAGGAAAUUGUGGAGUGUCAAUAGUGAGAUCUGGAGAAGCUAUGGAACAGGGCCUUCGGGACUGUUGCCGUUCGAUCCGCAUCGGCAAGAUUCUAGUGGAGAGCGACACAGACACCCAUGAGGCGCACGUGGUGUACGCAAAGUUCCCCGAGGAUAUCGCUCGGAGGCAGGUGCUACUAAUGUAUCCCAUAAUGUCUACUGGCAACACCGUUAAGCAGGCCGUGAAUGUCCUGACGCAGCACGGUGUUAAAGAAGAGCGCAUCAUUCUGUCCAACUUGUUUUGCACGCCAGCCGCCGUGCAGGCCGUAGUCGACUACGUACCAAAGAUGAAGAUCCUCACAUCCGAGCUUCACCCCGUCGCUCCUAAUCACUUCGGCCAGAAGUACUUUGGUACUGAUUGA